CGCUCCCCCAAAACGUGAAGAAGAUAAACAAAACAAAAAAAAUGAGGAACGUGACUCUGAAUAGAGUAGUAUUCUUCUCCAAAUCACUCUCUCUCGUCCCCUCUCUCACUCCUCCUCAAAUCCUCCAUCGCUCCGCCGCCGCAGCUUCGUAUCCGAACCGAGCGAUUCACUGCAUGGCAGACGACUCCCCGCUCUCUCAACCGGAUCGAAGCGGAGAUGGUUCCGUCUCCUCCGCCAUAGAUUUUCUCACCCUCUGCUCUCGCCUCAAGACAACUCCAAGAGCUGGAUGGGUUAAAAGAGAAGUGAAGAAUCCAGAAUCAAUAGCUGAUCACAUGUAUCGGAUGGGUCUUAUGGCCUUAGUUUCUUCUGAUAUUCCCGGUGUUAACAGAGACAAAUGUAUGAAAAUGGCAAUUGUUCAUGACAUUGCAGAAGCCAUUGUAGGGGAUAUCACACCUACUUGCGGGGUCUCUAAAGAAGAGAAAAACCGUAGAGAGAGUGAAGCGCUUCAACACAUGUGCAAACUCCUGGGUGGAGGAGAAAGAGCUGAAGAAAUCGCUGAGCUGUGGAGAGAAUAUGAAGCUAACGAAUCACCUGAAGCCAAACUUGUUAAAGAUUUCGAUAAGCUUGAGAUGAUUCUACAAGCUUUGGAAUAUGAACAAGAGGAAGGUAAAGAUUUAGAUGAGUUUUUCCAAUCCACUGCAGGGAAGUUUCAGACUGAUAUAGGCAAAGCUUGGGCGUUGGAGAUUGCUUCAAGAAGAACAAAGCGACACUAGUUAGUUCUCACUUGAGCUGAAUACACUCUUUGCGCUCAACUUUAAUCAUUUUCAAGACUUAUUGUGGAUCUAGAACGUAAGGGUAACUCUUGUAGCUAAAUACUUUUGAGGGAGAAGCCUAAAAUGGUUUAAAAAAAACGCAUAGGCUAUUUUAUGGUUUUAAGGCUAUUUUAUGGGUUUAUGCUAAAACUCUUGAGAAAAUUUGGAAAGAGUACUUUCUAAUGAGAUUGAAUUUUGAAA